AGUCUUCCUACUCCAGACUCACAGAAAUUCCUGGAGUCCAUCCAGCCACAGCUCAUCCUCUGACUGGAUCCCAACACCCUAUUGCAGCUGAGACGCUAUCCAUUCUGACAAGAUUAAAACCAUUAUUUUACUUACCAUGCAAAUGGGAACCCAGUUUAUGCAUUGCAGGAAAAUCACUGAGUUUUGCUAGCAUCAGUAAAAAAAUGCUGAAUAACUUUCAUACUCAGUUUUUCUAGCAUUGUAAGAUUGUUUUAGAUACAACUAUAAGUUAGCUGAUGACACCCCUCCUGGAGUUAUGAUACUGAUUAUUCCUAGAUAAGAUCAGCUUUCUGUACUAACUUUUACAUUUUAUUAUUACAUAUUAUGACAUGAUAUGCUAUAUUUUGUUAAAUAGUAAAAAAAAGUAUCAUGUCUAUAGCAUAAAGUUAUUAAUUAUAAUAUAAUAUGUAAUUUUACUGUUAUGUGUUAUUUCCUAUCAUUUUGCUAGUUUGUCAAGACUUUGUGCUAUUAAUAGUCUAAAUUAAUGAAUAAAAAAACCCUGUGAAAUGUAGCACCAUGUUUUACCUGAAAAGCAUUUCUUUAUUUAAUAAACAAACUACAAAAUUGCCUGAAACAGAAGGUUCAGGCAAAAUAAGGACAAUAACAUUAGUUAAACAUAUUGAGUCACUACCUGAUGAUGAAACUAUCAUGCAUCAUUUUUGCUAAUCAGAGGAUGUUAUGCAACAUGAGUCAGACUGUCACUGAUCUACAAAUUAGCUAUAUAAACAGAGCUGAGAAGUGUGUUCAAUAGCUUAAGACUGAAACUGUGGCAGAAAACCUUAGUCGAGGAUGAAGACCCUUUCUCUUCUCCUGUUGCUAUAUUUGGCUGUCUCUGCUGCUUUUCCUGUGGCUCCAGAAGCAGAAGAUGAAGGUAAAACCCUACAGCUUGUGGAGAAUUAUCUACGGAAUUUCUACGAUCUUCAAAGGGAUCACCAGCCUCAUUUAAAAAACAAGGGUGAAAAUCCCCUUGUUGCAAAGCUCAAGGAAAUGCAGGCAUUCUUUGGACUGCAAGUGACUGGGAAACCUGAUCUUGACACUUUAGAGAUUAUGAAAAAACCUAGAUGUGGUAUACCUGAUAUAGGGCAAUACGUGUUCACAGCAGGGAAUCCCAAAUGGAAAAGAAAUAAUCUGACAUACAGGAUUUUGAAUUACACUCCAAAGAUGAGACGAGCUGAUGUAGAUGAAGCAAUCAAAAAAGCUCUCAGUGUCUGGAGCAAUGUGACACCACUGACAUUCCGGAAGGUUGAGGACAAAGAAGCAGAUAUAAUGAUCUCUUUUGCUUAUAGAGAUCACCGUGACAACUCUCCUUUUGAUGGCCCCAAUGGGCAGCUGGCUCAUGCUUUCCAGCCUGGUGAAGGUAUUGGUGGAGAUGUGCAUCUUGAUGAGGAGGAAGCCUGGACAAAAGAUGGAAGAGGAUACAAUUUAUUCAUUGUUAUUGCCCAUGAGCUUGGCCAUUCACUCGGUCUAUCUCAUUCAAAUGAUCCUGGAGCACUGAUGUAUCCAACUUACUCCUACACGGAUCCUAAUGAAUUCCUUCUUCCUCAGGAUGACAUUGAUGGCAUUCAAGCCAUCUAUGGACAGUCAAAUGCUGCUGUGCAGCCGACAGGACCCAUAACUCCACAAGCUUGUGACCCAAAUUUGACAUUUGAUGCUAUUACUACCCUACGUGGAGAAAUAAUAUUCUUCAAGGGCAGAUAUAUGCUGCGCAAACAUCCCACAAGGACAGCGACAGAGCUCAAUUUUAUCUCACUGUUUUGGCCAAAGUUACCAUCAGGAAUUCAAGCUGCUUAUGAAAACGUUGAGAGGGAUGAAGUUUUACUUUUUAAAGAGGAUAAAUAUUGGGUUCUCAGGGGAUAUGACAUUGCACCUGGCUAUCCUAAACCAAUCUAUCGUUUGGGGUUCCCGAAGACUGUCAAACGAGUUAAUGCUGCUUACAGUGAUGAAACCACAGGAAAAACAUACUUCUUUAUAGCUGACAGAUACUGGAGAUAUGAUGAAAACAAAAAAUCCAUGGAUCAUGGUUAUCCCAGGAAAAUAGUCUCCGACUUUGGAAUAACUGGCAGAGUUGAUGCUGUUUUCCAGAAAGGUGGCUAUGUCUACUUCUUCCUUGGAACAACUCAGUUUCAGUUUGAUCCUCGUUCCAAACGGAUUGUUGGACAAAUGAAGAGCAUCAGCUGGUUUAAUUGUUAAUUGUAAUGUUUUUC